CUAAGUGAAAAAAAAAUUUACACAACACUUUCAUAAACCCAUUCACAUUAGUACUUGUUUUGCAGAUGCCGAAGUAUUGGAUCUGGCAAGAACUAGCAACAGCAAACGCCUCCUCUAAACGUACUCCUGCUGUCCUGCAAAGUCAACCCGUCAAUUCUCAUCCUUCGCCCGACGCUGAUUCUUGCCGGAGAAGAUUCCACUACGCAGGAGAUCAACUCUGCUUGCAUUCUCAUCGAGGGUCUAUCUUCCACCACCCCUCUCUAACAAAUCCAAUCUCGGAGGCAUUAAAUGUACCUUCUGUGAAUGUUGUUGGGCGGCUUAAUCCGGUAAAAGCCACAGGAGCCAAGAUGGAAGUAUCUAUUACCCGACCGGAUGAUUGGCAUCUUCACCUUCGCGAUGGUGACCUUCUUGAAGCUGUUAUCUCUCACAGUGCCUUCCAUUUUGGAAGGGGAAUAAUUAUGCCAAAUUUGAAGCCUCCAAUCAAGACAACAGCUGCAGCUAUUUCUUAUCGAGAAUCCAUCUUGAAAGCGAUUCCCACCAAUUGUGACUUUACUCCUCUUAUGACACUUUACUUGACAGAUACUACGAGUCCUGAGGAGAUCAAACUUGCCAAGGAGAGUGGAGUUGUAUAUGCUGUAAAGCUCUACCCCGCUGGUGCUACAACAAAUUCUCAAGAUGGUGUUACAGAUUUAUUUGGAAAGUGUCUACCUGUUCUUGAGGAGAUGAUGAAGCAGAAUAUGCCUCUUUUGGUCCAUGGAGAGGUAACAGACCCCGAGGUUGACGUUUUUGAUCGUGAAAAGGUAUUCAUUGAUGCUAUUCUAAGACCCUUAAUUGCUAGGUUUCCACGGUUAAAGGUUGUGAUGGAGCAUGUUACUACUGAGGAUGGUGUUAAGUUUGUUGAGUCUUGCAAAGAAGGAUUUGUUGCAGCAACAGUCACACCUCAACACCUUGUACUCAAUAGGAAUUCCCUUUUUCAAGGGGGGUUGCAGCCACACAACUACUGUCUUCCAGUACUCAAAAGAGAGAUACACAGACGAGCUAUUGUGUCAGCUGUGACAAGCGGUAGUAAAAGAUUUUUCCUUGGAACCGAUAGUGCUCCUCAUGAUAGACGAAAGAAAGAAUGCUCGUGUGGAUGUGCCGGCAUAUUCAACGCUUUUGUUGCCUUAUCAGUCUAUGCCAAAGUUUUUGAAGAGGCUGGUGCACUUGACAAACUAGAGGCUUUUACGAGCUUUAAUGGACCAGACUUCUACGGGCUUCAGAGAAACACAACAAAAGUCAAAUUGAUCAGGAGCCCAUGGAAGGUGCCGGAAUCGGUACCAUAUGCAUCUGGUGAGAUUGUUCCAAUGUUUGCUGGUGAAACGCUCGAGUGGCUGCCUGCCGUAGUUUGAUCGGAAAAAAGAAUGUUACUGAUUGAUGAUCUUUCUUAACAGACCCGUGUAUCUCCAAAUAUAGGACUAUCAUGAGUUCAUAUGUAGGCUGUCUCAGUAGAUAGGGGCAACUAUGUGGGAACAAGAACGUGAUCCCCUGAUCUAUUUUUUGACAAUCUUUAUCGAGUAUUUGACGUCAUCGAUAUUA